AUGGAGCUCCCGCCUGGGGCCGAGGUGGACGACACCGAGACGAUGCAAAUGAUACGGCAGGCCGUCUUCUUCGAGAAUACCGAACUCCUCGGCGACUUGGUCAAGGAGAACCCGUGGUCCACCCGGAAAGUUGACCGCUACGGCAGAAAUCUAUUGAUGCUCGCCGCACACAACGGAAGACCGAAGGCCCUUGAAGAGCUGAUCGGGACACAACCAGACACCCUCGACGUGCAGGGUGGUGGCGGAAAAACGGCCUUGCAUCUGGCUACCGAAGCGGCGCAGGUCGAAUGCGCACGGCUUCUCCUUGCCGCCGGCGCCGAUCCGUCGAUUCGCGAUGCUUCCGGGCACUGUGCACUCGAGUCUGCCCAAAUGGCUGGCCACGACCGGUUGACGCAGCUGCUCAUCGAGUCGAUACAAUCCGAAAACGAGAAGCUGAACGUCGACCGGGAGCAGCUUGUCCGCGCCUGCAUCGAUGGCGACGUGGAUAAGGUGGCCUCCGUCGUCUCAAACUGCCCGUCUCGGCACCUUGAUACGCUGUUCAACGGGCGAGAAGCCGAGGCGCAACCGACGCUUUUUGUUGCCUGCCAGAAUGGACGUCACGCCGUCGUGGAGCGUCUUCUCGAGUGGCGCCUACGUCACACUACCGUACACCCGGUCACCCGGGAUACGGUAGCCCACGCCGCAAUCGCCGGGCGGAGCUGCGAGGCGUUGCGGCUGAUCCUGGAGAGCUACCCCCAUCUCGCCGGCCAGGUGAACGCCGACGGGAGCACACUGCUGCACUGGGCCGCCCACACCGGCGACGUGAACGUGGCCAAAACGUGGGUGUUUUUGCAGAUGAUUUUGUUGCUGUCCCCUUCCCUU